AUGUCUAUCCCCAUGACCAGACUUGGCGGUCGCGCCUUCAAUGCCGAUGACCACGGUGACGACACUGAGCGCGAGUACGACCGCCUGCGCGACCUCGCCCGUUCCGAGGCCGAGAAGCGCAAUGCUUGCUUCGACAAGUCACGCAAGGCCUACGACUCCGGCGACGGCGCACGCGCCAAGGAGCUCUCCAAUGAAGGCAAGUCGCACGACGCCCGCAUGGACGACUACAACCGCCAGGCCUCCGACUUCAUCUUCCGCGCCAACAACGCCCCCGGCCGCGUCGAGGCGGACUCUAUCGACCUCCACGGCCAGUUUGUCGAGGAAGCCGAGCGCAUCCUUGAGGAGCGCAUCCGUGCCGACCGCGCCCGCGGCCAGACGCACCUCCACGCCAUCGUCGGCAAGGGCAAUCACUCGGUCGGCCACGUCCAAAAGAUCAAGCCCAAGGUCGAGGAGCUCUGCCGCGAACUCGGACUCCAGUGCCGCACCGAAGAGAACGCCGGCCGCAUCUACAUCAACCUCCAGGGCGGCGAACCCCUGCCCCCGCAGCAAAAUCACGGCAAGCCCCAUGGCGGACAACAGCAACAGCACGGCGGUCAGCAGCAGUACCAUGGUGGCCAGCAGCAGCAGCAGCAUGGCGGUCAGCAGUACGGAGGUGGCCAACAACAGCACCAGAACCAGAACCAGGGACAGAACCAGCAGCAAGACGACAUUGCCGCCAUGGUGGAAAAGGUUCUCCCUCGUAUCAUUCGCAAGCUCGAGAAGGCCUGCUGUACCGUCAUGUAA